AUGCUCCUCCUGCCACUUCUUCAACAUCCUCAUCGGAACCUUAGCCACCACCAUCAUCCCCCAGACAACCCCACCCAUUCCCCUUUCAACGUCGAUGGUAAGUUACUGAAAAAUCUAUCUAUCUAUCUACCACAGUCUGUUCAUUUUCUAUCUAUCUAUCUAUCUAUCUAUCUAUCUAUCUAUCUAUCUAUCUAUCUAUCUAUCACAGUCUGUUCAUUAUCUAUCUAUCUAUCUAUCUAUCUAUCUAUCUAUCUAUCUAUCAAUCAAUCUAUCUAUCUAUCUAUCUAUCUAUCACAGUCUGUUCAUUAUCUAUCUAUCUAUCUAUCUAUCUAUCUGUCUGUCUAUCUAUCUACCACAGUCUGUUUAUUAUCUAUCUAUCUAUUUAUCUAUCGAAGUCUGUUCAUUAUCUAUCUAUCUAUCUAUCUAUCUAUCUAUCUAUCUAUCUAUCUAUCUCAUUUGCUCAUAUUCAAUCUAUCUAUCUAUCUAUCUAUCUAUCUAUCUAUCUAUCUAUCUAUCUACCAGUUUGUUCAUUAUCUAUCUAUUUCACCAUUUCUCCCCUCGUUUUUCCCUCCCAUGGAUUCCCUCCCCAUUCUGAUAUUGAAUGCAUUACUUUGCUCCCCUGACCCGCCUGCUCCCCUGACCCGCCUCUAA